AUGUCGCGUACUCGAAAAACAGUCAUCAAUAAUGUCCGUGUCUUCAACGGCACUGAGCUCACGGCGCCACAAACCGUUGUCAUUGACGGUGAUGUCAUCGGUGAGAACACAGACAACGCAACCGGAGUUGUUGAUGGCAAGGGAGGAGUCCUACUUCCUGGAUUCAUCGACGCCCACGUCCACCUACAUCACGAAGGACAUUUACAGGAUCUGGCCAAAUAUGGAGUCACCACUGCGCUCGACAUGGCAAUGUGGCCAGCCGAUAAAAUGAACAGCCUACGAAACAAACCGGGCUUGCCGAGCAUUCAGAGCGCUGGAUUACCUGUCACCGCACCAGGAAGCCUUCAUAGCCAUUUCCUUCCGCUGCCAAAGGAAGCACUCCUCUCGGGACCUGACGAGGCCGCAAAGUUUGUGCGGGCACGCCUCGAUGAGGGAUCAGACUACAUCAAGCUCAUAGCGGAUGUACCCGGACCGAGCCAAGAGACGCUUAACGCUGUUACAAAGGCCGCCCACGACAAGAACAAAAAGGUGGUGGCUCAUGCGUCUGCUUAUGAACCUUUUCAGAUGGCCCUGGAUGCGAAAGCAGAUAUCAUCACACAUGCUCCUAUGGACCAAUGCGUCAGUUCCGAUAUGGUAAAUCGCAUGGUUGCCAAUAAAGUCGUUUCAGUGCCGACCUUGUCUAUGAUGGAAGCUACUUCACAGCGACCACCAGUAUCGGCACUCUUUCGCCUGAUGCUUCAGCCGUCCCUCUUCAUGGCCAUUAUUAGAGCCAAGACCGGAGGAGGCAAGCAGCCCCCAAAAUAUGUGAACGCAAAGGACUCAGUUAAAGCAAUGUAUGACGCUGGCGUUCCCGUUCUGGCGGGAACAGAUUGCCACGAUGAGCCGAAUUCUUUCUUUGAUGUCAAGCAUGGGGAGUCGAUGCACCACGAGAUGGAAUUGCUUGUAGAUGCCGGAGUGCCUACUGUUGAUGUGUUGCGGGCUGCGACGAUGCUUCCGGCCGUGCAUUUCGGGUUGGAGGAUCGUGGUGUUGUUGAGGCUGGGAAACGGGCGGAUUUGGUAUUGUUGAGCGAUAACCCGAUCAAGGACAUAAAGGCGACUCGAUCGAUUGUUCGAGUUUGGUGUGGUGGUAUUGACGUCGAUGGUGUGAAAGGGGCUGCUUGA